ACCAGGCUGGGAAACAAAGCUAUCUGUCAUAGUCAACAUAUGGAUAUUUGCUGCUUUAUAAUUGCAAACCUGUGUCCCCCUGCCAGGACUAUUGACAAACAAUUCUUUAGAAUCAUUAACUGCACAAACAGACCAUCACUGUUACUCUCCUCACAUCCCACUUGUGUACACAUGUACACCUCACUAAGCAGAGGUCCGUGUCCCAACGAAAUCAUGUCUUUCUCUUUUAUUUUUUGCUUUUCUCACCUAUUCCCUGCAUUUCUUUUGUAUGUUUCAGCUUACGUGCCUGAGGAUGAGCUCAAGGCCGCCAAGAUCGAUGAUGAGCACCUGCAGGAUGACGGCCUGUCCCUAGAUGGCCAGGAUGGCGAGUUCCUCUGCAAUGAGGAGGAAGAGGGCAAGGAGCAGCCCAGCUAUCAGAACUCCCCCCUGAGUAACACCACGAACCCGGACGCGGGGUACGGCUCGCCACUCAGCGACACCAGUGAUCAGCUGGCAGACUUCAGAAGUACCUCCUCCAAGGAGGGUCAGGACAAGGAGGAUGCUGGGGGUACGGACAGUGACCUCGCGCUGCAGGACAGCCUGGCGCAAAUGAAAGCCGUCUAUGCAAACCUGAUCUCAGACAGCACCUGGUCCAGCAUCACCAUGGACAUUAUGAAAAACAAGCAGGCUACUGGGGGUGGGGGAGGGGCAACAGGCACCCGUAAUGGGAGCAGCAACAUCAUCAACAGCCUUGUCGAGAGCAACACUGCCGGUGCCAUCAGCAGUAGCAGUGGCUCCACCACCAAUACCCACACCAACACGAGCACCUCCACCUCUACCAGCAGCAGCAGUAGCAUUGGGGGCAACAGCAGCUCGAGCAAUGGUGGGGGCGUGACCUAUGACUGGCACCAAGCUGCUCUGGCCAAAACUCUGCAGCAUACCCCUUACCACCUUCUCCCUGAGCCUAGCCUCUUCAGCACCGUGCAGCUAUACCGGCAGAAUAACAAGCUAUAUGGCCCGGUGUUCACCGGAGCCAGCAAGUUUCGCUGCAAGGACUGUAGUGCAGCUUACGACACACUGGUGGGUCUCACCGUCCACAUGAAUGAGACCGGCCACUACCGAGACGACAACAAGGACAAAGAGGAUGACCAUGGCAAGAAGUGGUCCAAGCCUAGAAAGCGUUCACUGAUGGAGAUGGAGGGGAAGGAGGAUGCCCAGAAGGUGCUCAAGUGCAUGUACUGUGGCCACUCGUUUGAGUCUCUGCAAGACCUGAGCGUCCACAUGAUCAAAACGAAACACUACCAGAAAGUGCCUCUCAAAGAACCCAUGCCAGCACUGGCCUCGAAGCUGGUUCCCUCUACCAAAAAGCGAGCCUUUCAGGAAUUGGUUUCCCCCUGCUCCCCAGAAUCUAUCAGCAGCACACCCGGAAUCCCAUUAGGUGAGUCUACAAAAGACCCCAAGGUGGCAAACCCUUAUGUGACUGCUAAUAAUCGCUAUGGCUAUCAGAACGGGGCCAGUUAUACCUGGCAGUUUGAGGCACGUAAAGCCCAGAUACUGAAGUGUAUGGAGUGUGGAAGCUCACAUGACACACUGCAGCAGCUGACUGCCCAUAUGAUGGUCACUGGACAUUUUCUCAAAGUGACUAACUCUGCUUCAAAGAAGGGGAAGCAGCUGGUUUUCGACCCGGUGGUAGAGGAAAAAAUACAGUCCAUCCCUCUGCCACCCACCACAACCAGACUGCCCAUCUCUAAUAUCAAGUCCCAGCCAGAUUCUCCCCUACACUCCUCUGGUGCUGAGGACAGGAAGGAAGCAGAAGAAGAGAAAAUGGAGUUUUGUAUACCUGAAAAAGUGAUCAAAGAGGAGAAAGAGGACCCUAGCGAGAAGACUGAGACGAAUCCUUCUUAUAAGUAUCUCAGAGAGGAAGAUUUGGAAGAGACCCCCAAAGGAGGAAUUGAUAUACUGAAGUCCCUUGAAAACACCGUGUCAAGUGCAAUCAGCAAGGCCCAGACUGGCACGCCUACUUGGGGUGGAUAUUCCAGCAUCCAUGCAGCUUAUCAGCUCCAGGGCUCCAUAAAAUCCUCCCUGCCAGUCGUGCAGAGUGUCCAGGUGCAGCCUUCCUUCAACAGCAGUAUGAAAUCUCUGUCAUCUGACCUGAGUACUGCCAUCCACACCCCUGACAGUCCUUCCCCUCCACCCCACCACAGAAGCAAUGUCUCAGCCAUGGAGGAGUUAGUUGAAAAGGUCACGGGGAAAAUCUCAGUGAAGAAGGAAGACAAGACCUCCGACAAAUGCAAGUCUGUCUCUGCAAAGUCUCCCCUGCCAAUCGUGAAAGAGAAGAAGGAGUCGUCCAAGCCUGAUGACCUCAGCGUCAAGCCAACUAGGAAUGGUAGUGCUAACAUUGAACUGGAACCCGUAAGCAAGCGAGAGCCCAAGGAUAGCCCGGUUGAUAAUGCUCUGAAGAAUGGCAUCGAUGGACUCAAAUCCCCAGUAAGCAAUGGUUGUAACACCUUGGGGAUCAUCACAGACCAUUCACCAGAACAGCCUUUUGUCAACCCUCUCAGCGCCUUGCAGUCCAUAAUGAACACUCACUUAGGCAAGGCGUUAAAACCUGUCAGCCCCCUGUUAGACCCUCUGGCAAUGUUGUACAAGAUCAGCAACAGCAUGACAGAGAAGCCAGUCUAUAAUCCAACUCAGGUUAAGCCAACAGAAUCCAUUAACCGAUAUUAUUAUGAGAACGAUGAGCAGCCUAUGGACUUGACAAAGUCCAAAAGCAGCAACAGUACAACCAUCAACAGUUCCUCCACGGCACCUACUCACAAUAGCAGCAAUAGCAACAACGGGAGCAGCAGCAGGCCAAUUCUCUCAAGUGUGUCUGAAUCCAUUUCAUCGCCUUUGAGGGAGAAUGCACUGAUGGACAUCUCCGACAUGGUGAAGAACCUUACUGGUCGCCUGACGCCAAAGUCCUCCACCCCCUCCUCUGUCUCUGAGAGGUCAGACGCUGAAGGCAGCACCUUUGAGGAUGGUCUAGACGAGCUGUCCCCCAUCCAGAAGAGGAAAGGUAGACAGUCGAACUGGAACCCACAACACCUCCUCAUCUUGCAAGCCCAGUUUGCCUCCAGCCUGCGGGAGACCCCAGAGGGCAAGUUCAUUAUGACUGACCUGGGACCUCAGGAGAGAGUGCACAUCUGCAAGUUCACAGGCCUAUCCAUGACAACAAUUUCUCAUUGGCUGGCUAAUGUAAAGUAUCAGCUAAGGCGGACAGGUGGGACCAAGUUCCUGAAGAACAUUGACUCCGGUCAGCCGAUAUUCCUGUGCAACGACUGUGCAUCGCAGUUCAGAACUCCCUCCACCUACAUUAACCACUUAGAAUCACAUUUAGGGUUCAGCCUGAAGGACCUCUCCAAACUGUCCAUAGACCUCAUUAGGGAGCAACAGGCGGUUUCUAAAGUCAUAAGCGACAAGUCCUUUGGCGUCCUUGGCCUGACCGAGGAUGAGAGUGGCUCCAUAUUCCAGUGCAAGCUGUGCAAUCGGACUUUUGUCAGCAAGCACGCAGUCAAACUGCAUCUCAGCAAAACCCACGGCAAGUCCCCGGAGGACCAUGUGAUCUAUGUCACUGAACUAGAAAAGCUGGAGAAACUCUAAGAACUGGGGUGGAGUGGCUGCGUAUGACUGAUUGAAUCGUUGCACUAAAUCACAGCACUGCACUGGGCCCGAGCUGAGCCUCUGAAAUCAGUCUUACUUUGGUUGUGAAACUGCCUAACUGGACCACACAUCCUCUUUCAUUUUUUUUUCAUUCUCCUUUGAUUUCUAACACUUACUUUGUAAUGUAUUUAUAUGAUGUUUUGUCCAAAUUGUGCAUGUAAUUUGUGAAUUUCACACUCGGUUUUUCUUUUUUCAUGCUCUUCAAAAAUAACGGUUUCCAAGGCAAACGUGGAGAGAUGUGUAAAAUAAGUGAUGUGAAGACUCUAAAAUGAGGUGUACGCAGGAAAAGCUUGGGUGAGCCUUUUUCGUGAAGACUGAAGUAGCAUUUCUGCACUUUAAGAAGUGUAAUGUUUUGUUUUGUAAAAAGCCUUUUGUUCAAUGCGAAUCGCUUCAAUUCAGAUGAUCGCUUGUAAUGAUUACUGUUCAUUUUAGCUUCAGACUUGACUGAAUUUAUUGGUAUUCUGUUACAUUUCAAUUCCAUUCAGUUUUGAGCUUUUAUGUGUACUAUAUUAUGAAAAAGACACAUUAACAUUGUAGAAAGAAAAGGAUAAUAUGCAUUUUGGCUCAGUACAGUGACUUCAAGAAGGACUAGUAUGCAAGUUUUGUUUUUAAUAUAUGUCAUUUAAUUUCACUGUAAAUUAUCCCUUUAUAGUAAUUUGCAAAUAUAUGCUUUGGUACACAUUUAUCUUUCUAUAGUGUGCUGCUUCACUUUCAACCUGUAAAAUCAAAAUUGAGAAUCAUUAUUAUAUACAUAAAUAUAUAUAUAAAUAUAUAAAUAUAUAAAUGAUCAACUGCAUUGUCUAAAACUACAUCUGACAUAUCUUGCCAUUUGCAACAGCUCAGCACCCUUUGUACUGUGUGCAUUCCUUACCUUUUAUAUUGUCAUUUUAUAUAUAGAAAAGAAAACAAACAAUGUAUAUAAAUAUAUACUAUAGAGCCACGAGAUGUCCUUUUUGUUUCCAAUAAAACGUAGGUCCUCAAGCCUGGUUUACAGAAAUGCAUUUAAAUAUGCGUGCAUCUGUUUUGAUGCAUGAUUCUA